AUGGCACAAACAGUGCCAGGUACACGGCUAGGCAAGGUGCAUAAGCCAGGCGCGCGUGCACAGCAUGUGCUAGAGGAUGCCAUCAAGCCUGGUGCGCAUCUUCGUUCUUUGCUUGAUGAGCCAGUGCGGUUCGUCGGCAGUUCACGCGACGAGCUCAAGGCGUCAUUGAGCUUGGAUGCCGCGCGUGCGUCGAACAUGGAGAUUGUGAAUGAGCCUGUCGACGCUCAGCCAAGUCGUUCUUCCAAGCGCACCAACGACAACGCGGAUGCUUCUGCUUCUACUGCAGGCACAUCUCUUCGAACGGUCAGCGCACCUACCCAGCCCCUGUACACACCACGCAUCAUACCCCGUUUUCCUCGUGCACACAUGCGUGCGGCCGGUCUGCACAAUCGUGGGAAUACGUGCUACAUGAACAGUGUGAUGCAGUCUCUCCUGCACACGCCGCCACUUGCCACAGCCUUGCUCACACAGAGUGCACCUACGUUGCUAGGUCGCUAUGGCGUCCCGCGUACACAAAAACAGGCUGUAAAGGCGGCCAACUCCUUCAAUGCGCUCACGGAAAUGAAGGACUUUUUUGCGCAUGCAUACAGCGGAGCAUCUGCCGUGUCACCAACGGCAUUCGUCUCAAACCUACGCAAGUUUGCACGACCAUUACGGCCUGGGCGCCAAGAAGAUGCACACGAGUAUUUACGCUUACUUCUAGAGGCGUUGCAGCAGGCAUGCACAUGCUUUGCUGGAAAGGACAUCAAGCCAAACGACCCCAUUCUCAGCACGACACUGAUCCAGCGUAUCUUUGGCGGUCGUCUGCGUAGUCGCGUAACGUGCUACAGCUGUCGGCACAAUUCGGAUACAUAUGACCCAAUGCUCGACCUGAGCCUAGACGUGCGGAAAGGCAUCCACACUGUGAAGCAAGCGCUCGACGCAUUUACGGCGGCUGAGGCUCUGGCCGACAAGUACCAAUGUGAUCAUUGCCAGCGGCGCGUCGAGGCAACAAAACGUUUUUCUAUCGACCAGGCGCCUAUGGUGCUCACGGUGCAUCUGAAGCGGUUCGGCAUCUUUGGCAAUAAGAUCAACAAGCCCAUCAGUUACUCGGACCGCUUGCAUUUAGGCCGGUACAUGAGCGAGCGAGAUAAGGGACUCGGCGCAGAUGUCGAAGACGAGCCAGACCUCGGCACGCUGGGCGCCGCUCAGCAAUAUCGACUCUUUGCGAUAGUGCACCACUACGGCAGCGGGCCGAAUGUCGGUCAUUAUGUCGCAAGCGUGCGUUCUGCUGAUGGCCAGUGGCUUCGCAUGGAUGACUCGUUUGUGUCAAAGCUCCCGCAGUGCCCACUCGACGACCCGUCAGCCUACCUCCUUUUCUAUCUGCGUGAGCCCAUCACGAUGGAAGAGUCCAGCAAGCCGACAACGAUGACAUCGCCGAAAAAGCGCAAGGCCGCGUCGAUCAAGCGUGACGACGAUGGCCACGACCAUGGCCCUGGCGUGAGUGCUGAUAUAGUGAUGGGCGAGCCUGUGUCUCGGGCUGAAUAUGCAAGACUGCGUGAGUCAUUAGACGCUGGGACAGAGGACGGCGUUGAUAAUGACGGUAGCACCGAGAGUCCGUCACGCGAUAGUGGUGGUAUCGAUUCGGGCUCCGACGAUGAUGUUGUCGGUGCGCAGCCCGUGAUGAGCAAGAAAGAGAUCCGUCGGCGCAAGCGACGAAAAGCGUCCUCUGCACAUAGGAAAUGA